AUGAACACCGAGAACGCGCCUUUAUUGGCGACGACGACGACGAGCGCUCUCGAGAGCAGCAACAACAACACCAAAAGAAGGGACGACGACGCGGAAAAUGAGCGCCAAGAGAAGAGAAGAACUGUGUUUCGCGCGUCUUCGUCGUUACUUAGCUUGAAACAUUUCGGAUUUGGAUUCGUGUGCACGUGCGCGUUACUCGUCCUCGGAUCCGCCGCACUCUCGUCCUCGAGAGCACAAAAAAUGACGGUCUCCUCAUCGUUAGGCGGGCACAAGGGGUACUCCGCGCCAGCGAUUGCCAACGGCGGGGGGAAUACCGUCGGGAACUUCAAAGACGUCGCGGCGGGUUUGUUGGGGAACGACCACUACGAAUCGCUCGGGAAGAAGCACUUAACCAACGAGGAAGGCGAAAUAAAAGGGUUGGUGAAACACGUGAACAAGUUAGUGUCGGCGAGCGGCGGGUCGAAGUUUCGCAUCAUCACUUUUUGCAACCACCAGUAUUGGUUUUUCGCGAACUUGAUGAUGUUGUCUUUGAAGAACGUCGCGCCCGGGGUGCUUCCGUAUUGGACCAUCGUCGUCGCCGACGACCAGACCAAGGCGUACAUUCAAGAACAAGCGAAGGAGUAUCCUAUUGAUAUUUUCGUGGAUAAGAGUUUACACGACGCGUUGCACAAAGGGUCGAAGAAUGCCGACGCGGACGAGUUGAAGUCGAUGUUGAGUUGGAGAAGAGUGCACGCGUUGUAUACGUUGGUCAACGCGGAUUACACGGCGGUGUUUUUAGAGCCGGACGUGGUGUUUACCGGCAACCCGAUGCAAACGAUCCACGAUCAGUUGUUGGACCACGACGUGGUCGUGUCUUCGGAUUACGGAUUUAAAUCCGCCGCAAAGAAGACGGUCAACACGAAAAUGAUCAUGGCGAAGCCGAGUAAAGAGGCGAAGAAGUUGUUAAACGUGUGGCAAAAAGCCGAGGCGAGUUACCGAGGCGAAGACGCCGAGAGAGGGUUCUUAGAAGAACACGUCAUCCCGAAAUUGAGCGAAUUGUCGGCCAAAAUCGGCGUCGCCGACCAAAGCGUCGUCCAAAACUACAUCACGCACAUCAACAAAAAGAAGGAUAAAAACACGGCGUUCUUCGUCACCGGCACCGGAUGCCCGGACGUGAAUUUCAAGUUGAACUUUUUGAACCAAAUUUCUCAACUCGUCAUGCCGAUUUCUUCCUCGGUCCAAAUGACCGUGGAUUACGAAUCCGUCGCGGAAGGGUGCGACGUGGAAACGAGGAAAAAGAUUUUAGGGUUACGACACGACGCCAAUUCAGCCGCGUAA